AUGAGCAACAAGCUGGUAGGGUUUGUCAUGCUCGACGGUAAGACACCUGAGGAAGGAGUGCCGGUGGUGACUGGCGCCAAGCCCAUCGGCCGGGUCACCAGUGCCCGUUUCAGCCCGACCAUGGGCAAGGGAUUCGGGUUGGCUUGGGUGCCGGUUGAGUUGGCCCAGGAUGGCGCGGAGAUUCACAUCAUCAUGCCGUGCAACUCCCAUGCCGGCGUUCAUAGUGCCCAUGCAGCCUUUCUACGACCCCGAUGGCGCACGGGUUGA